AUGCUAGUCUCUUCGUCCUCACCUUCCGCCGCUCUCCAUCCCUCAACUUCUUCUCCUCCAACCCAUUCCCAUUCUUCCCAUCCUUCUCCUUCUUUUUCCCAUCGUCCCACGACUGCCGCCGUCGCCGCCGCCGUCGCCACAGCAGCUCAGAAUUUCCCGCACUAUGAGCCUGCUCGUCACCCUCCUGCGUCCACAAAUCAUUUCAGUCCGCGUUCUUCCCGCCAGGCCAUCGAGGAGCUCCGAUCGGCCUUAAAUCGUUAUACCGUUGAAGCCUCGCCUCCGGGGCCCUCAGGGGAUCUCCCUCGCGGCCGCAUGUCCGCCGGGCUGACCACCCUUGGGGGCGGGAAUAGUGCAUACCCGUCCGCCACUCCGGCCCCCGCCGUCCCUGCUUUUGCCCAGCCUUCGCAGUCUGCCGAUCAUCCCACCAACGGCGUCGCUGUCGGUGCUCCCUCUUCUGUAGCGUCGGCGUCGGGUGCGGCUCCGACCUCAGCCUCGUCCUUGGCUCCCCCAAUGCCGGCCCCGAACAGUACAGCGUCCAACAAACGCAACAGCCCAAAUGAUCAUGGCGUCGAUAAUUCGCUCGUGGGGGGUCCCGAGGACAUGGAUUUGGAACGCAGCCAGUCGAAGAGAUUACGGCCAUCCAUGCCCGAUGUGAAAUAUCUCCCGGAGAAUUACGACCAGGCGGAUCCGCGGGAUCUCGUGAUACUGAUCUCGAGCAUGCUCAUGGAGCUCAUCCACUUCAAUGACAAGAUUCCGCUGCAUCAAGGACGGUUGACUCGCUUCCAUUCUCGGUCGCCACCGCGGAUCUCCGUUCAGGACUACCUGCAACGACUCACAACCCAUGCAACCUUGUCGCCUCCUAUCUUACUGAGCAUGGUGUAUUACAUCGACCGGCUCUGUGCUCUUUAUCCGGCUUUCACCGUGUCCAGUCUAACCAUCCAUCGAUUCCUCAUCGCCAGUGCCACGGUCGCCAGCAAGGGCCUCAGUGACAGUUUCUGGACCAACAAGACCUAUGCUCGAGUGGGAGGUAUCAGCAUAACUGAACUGGCUCUUCUGGAACUGGAGUUUUUAUUCCGCGUUGAGUGGCGCAUUGUGCCUCAGCCAGAAGUGCUGGUGGAUUACUAUCAAAGUCUCGUCGAGAGGUGCGACCGGUACGAAAUCAGGCUUGAACUUCUCCCACAUUACCAAGGAGCCAGUCAACCACAGACUGGUUAUCCUCCUUUCAAGGAGACACAUCUUAUCACCACGUUGUACUGUAUCGCGACAUUCUACAGAGAGGUCCAUUAA